ACAGAGUGAUGUUCAGUUUCUGUAUACAGAAGAAAAAAUUAACUUGAUACUCUUAAAGCAUGGUCAAAAGAUCUACGAAUAUGUGAGAUGCAGGAGUCAAUUUUACCAAUCUAUUGAGCAACAAAAUCUCAUGAAAGACUUAAUCAAAGAAAUAGCAAUUCAAGAAAAACUGUUUGAGACAACUUUUGAAGUUUCUAAAGAGAUGAUGAAGAAAUUCACUGAACAGGAAUCGCUAAAUGCAAAUAUCGAACUUCUUGAUCAA